GAGCAGCGCUGAGCGGGCGCGGCCAGGCGCGCCGCGCCCGCUCAGACCGUGUCGCCGCGCCGCCGCGAUCGCCGCCGCCGCCGCCGCCCGUGCCGCCGCCGCCGUGCCUUGCGUGCCGCCACAGUGGAGGGCCCCGGUCGACUCCGUCACUCGAUCGACAUGUUGAUCUCGGACGCUGCGCCCGCGUCGGCGGGCGCUGCGCCGCCGGCGCCCUCGUGGAAACUGACGCCGCCGCGCACUGCUGCACCGCUGCCCGUGCACCCACUGCCCACCACCCCGCACCCAGGCGCCAUUCCGCCGCAGCUGCGGGAGCUGUACAGCUCGCACGGCCUGUCUCAGAUGUCUCAGCUCUCUCAGAUGUCUCAGAUGUCUCCUGCGCGGCUGCUUGAGCUGAACCGCUACACGAUGAGGCCGUACGACCUCGCCCAGCAGAUGAUCAGCCAGCAGACGGCCGUCACCAAGCUGCUCAGCGGCUCUCUGAGACCCCCAGGCGUCAUCGGGGGCAGCAAGCCCAAGGUGGCCACCCCACAGGUGGUCAACAAGAUCGAACAGUACAAGCGAGAAAACCCCACCAUCUUCGCGUGGGAGAUCAGAGAAAAACUGGUGGCAGAUGGUGUCUGCACCAAUAACACGGCUCCCAGUGUGAGCAGCAUCAACCGAAUCCUGCGCAACCGGGCCGCCGAGCGCGCGGCAGCCGAGUUUGCGCGCGCCGCCGGGUACGGGUUCUACCAUCCGUACGCGUCGGCUCUCCCGUACCCGCCGGCCGUGUGGCCCAAUCUGUCCACCCCCAGCCCGGCGACCGGCGGGGGACUGACGGUCACCCCUCCGGCAGGGGAUACGGCCUCCUCGGCCAGCUCGACAUCGCCCAAACCGAGCCUAGACGAGAGCGAGUCACGAAGGGAGGUGGAGGCGAGUCGCGGCGCCGACUCUGACUCCGAGCAGCCUAAGUUCCGCCGGAACCGCACCACUUUCUCCCAGGAGCAGCUCGAAGAGCUCGAGAAAGAAUUCGAGAAGACUCAUUACCCGUGCGUCAACGCGCGCGAGCGGCUGGCCGGCCGCACGGCCCUCUCAGAGGCACGAGUUCAGGUUUGGUUUUCCAACAGACGAGCGAAGUGGAGACGCCACCAGCGCAUGAACAUGCUUCAGGACCAGCCGGGCUUCGGCCCCCCUGGCUCCCCUGGCUCGGACGCUACCACCCUUGGCUCUCCGCCCCCAUCCCCCCGACCCUGCUCCGGCCCCUCCCCACCACACCCGGCGGUGCCGCCGACCGCCAGCAUCCAGAGCGAACGUAGCGCCUUCGCGCCUCCCGUCCUCCCCCGCGCCGCGUCAGUGGACUCGCCCGCGCCCUCGGACUGCGUCGGCCUGGAUCUGUCCAUGCGCGGUCAGGACGGGUCCACGCAGCCGGUCGAGGGGAGGCACCAUGCCGACUCGGAUGACGGCGCCGAGUCGGACGUCAGCGUCGGGGAGGACACGCCCUCCGGCGACCGUCCCGACCAUAGAUAAAGGUACUCGGCAGCGUGAUCACUUCGACCGGCGCGGGACGCGGCUUACGCUUUGGAGAGCUCUAUUUUGCCGUGUAGCGUUUUGUUCUCGGUCUUGCCCCGGUCACACUCGCACAGUCCCGGCUUGGCGCCCUUUGCGCCCGCUCGCGUACGGGGCGCGCGCGCGCGGUCGCCCACCCACCAGUGUUCUCCAGAAGGCAGCGAGCCAGUCGCUGCGCAAUCGUGGCGAAAUCGGCGCCAGUUGGUGUGCGUAAAACACUGCUUGUGAAUUACGCGUGUCCUUUGUGUGUGUAUUUUGUGUGUGUGUAUUGUGUAUCGUGUAUUGAGCGUGUGAGCUGUACAGAUAUGUUGUUGGUCACAAUGUGACGAUGUGUGUAUAUUUAUAGCAUCACAACCGCAUUUGAUCAUUGAUUGUUACCUUUAUGUGCGUUUUGGUCGUCUCGGGUCAAUGUCACAGGCAAACAAAAUACAUCUCCUGCACUAGUGA